UCUACCAGGAGGAGGAGGAGGAGGGGAGAGACACAGACAGACAGAGGAUUCCCACAAACACAACUUAUCCUGGCGUGUUUUUCUCUCCCUCUCACACACAUUCCGACACACACUGUCAUACCUCACCUCACCUCACCUCAUCCAGACAUGAUUUCUCAUGUAUUUCAUUAAUCGCGGUGUUGUGAUUUAACUGGGAAAGAACCCACAGCCUCGGCACAAAUGUUAGCCGCUCUGACGCUGGGGUUUGAUCGCAGCGUCACAGCGAUUUGCAUAAAGACUUCCGCCCCUGCUGUCUUUCACUUCUGCAUCGACUGGGAAGCUGGUGACACCAUGCCUCAGUGUGUGUGACAGGAGCCGGCACACAGCCUUUCUGAUCCGUGCAAGAUGCCUCUCCUGGACGUCCAUCAUGAUUUGUUUGGAUUUGCAUGGACUCGGAGGACGGGAUGUGACACUAACUCCUCGUGGAGGCGGAUCUCUUCUUGACACCGUGCUAUGCUGAAGGGACUCGCACUCACACACACUCUCACACACAAUGCUCGCCUCCUGACUGUGGAACUAUAGAGAAUUGUUUUUGUUUUGUAAAUACACCGGAUGGAUAGGCUCCAUCUGAACCCCUAACCUGCUUCUGGGUCGGAAAUUGUCUCCUGUGUGCACACACCUGGCUGGGAGGGAUGUUCCUGAACUGGGAAUUCUUCCUCAUCAGUCAGUUCACACUUUAGUCUUUGGGACUCGACUGAGGAAGUAACGGAGGUGUUGGUUCAACACACCGGCUUUCAUCCUCAUCUCCUAAAAAAAACCCAGCCUGGCGCAGUGUAUGAGCCGGAGUUUGGCUUUUUAAACGUUAUUUUAAUGUUCUCUACAGACUUCUGUGACACACAGAUACACCCUGGAGAACAUAUUUGGUGAAACUAGUUGUGUAUUUAGAGCGAAUAUAUAAAUAUUGCGCGUUGGUUAGCCGAUGUGCCUGGCCUUGCUUUGCUGUGAAUUAAAGCGACAAUUUGGACUACACCGACACUUUGGACGGCUACACUGGCUUUAUUUGUUUAUUUUCUUGCUCCAGAAUAUUCACCAAACCCUGUGUUUGUGUGUUCUGUCCUGCUGUGGGAGGACCUGAAAGCUUUCCGUCCAUCAUGUCUCACUUAGCUGUGGCUGUGCUACGUGGACUCCUCAUCUGUGUGCUUGUGGGAUUAGAACUGAGCUCCUCAGGAGCUUUGGCUACUCCAGACACCACCAGUGUGUCAACUCCAGAUCCAUGCCUGACGGUGAUCCCACCCUGCAUGAACGAAGCUGAUCGCUUCAGCCUUGAGGCACUGCGGCACAUCCACAAGCAGCUAGAUGAUGACAACGAUGGUGGCAUCGAAGUCAACGAGAGUGUGGAGUUCAUCAUUGAGGACAUGAAGCAGCAGCAAACGAAUAAACACAGCAACUUGCACAGGGAGGACCAGCACAUUACUAUAGAGGAGCUGUGGAAAGGAUGGAAGACGUCUGAAGUCCAUAACUGGACGAUGGACGAUGCAGUCCAGUGGCUGAAAGAAUCAGUAGAGCUUCCACAGUACGAAACGAACUUCAGAGAGUUCAGAGUUAAUGGCAAUACGCUACCUCGAAUAGCGGCUAAUGAACCUUCGUUUAUGUCAUCACAACUAAAGAUAUUAGAUCAACGACAUAAACAGAAAUUAAAUUUAAAGGCGCUGGAUGCUGUGCUGUUUGGACCACCAUUACGGCCACAGCAUAACUGGUUGAAAGACUUUGUCCUCAUGGUGUCCAUCAUCAUCGGGGUCGGAGGCUGCUGGUUCGCCUAUGUGCAGAACAAGUCCUCCAAAGUUCACAUCUCCCGCAUGAUGAAGGACCUGGAGAGCCUGCAGAGUGCUGAACAGAGCCUGACAGAGCUGCAGAGCAGACUGGAGAAGGCACAAGAGGAGAAUCGCACAGUGGCAGUGGAGAAACAGAACCUGGAGCAGAAGAUGCGGGAUGAGAUCAAUGGUGCAAAGAAGGAAGCUCACCGACUGCGAGAGCUCCGCGAGGGAGCCGAGUGCGAACUCAGCCGACUCAAAUAUGCCGAGGAGGAACUGGUGCAGGUGCGUGUGGCUUUAAAGCGAGCAGAGAAAGAGUUACAGUCAGAGCGGUCGGUUCCCGAAGCCUUACAGAUGUGGCUGCAGCUCACACACGAGGUAGAAGUCCAAUACUACAACAUCAAAAAACAGAAUGCCGAGCUACAGCUCACUGUUGCCAAGGAAGAGGCAGAGAAGAUAAAAAAGAAGAGAAGUUCUGUGUUUGGUACUCUCCAUGUUGCUCACAGUUCAUCACUGGAUGAGGUUGACCACAAAAUACUUGAAGCCAAGAAGGCCCUUUCUGAGGUGACAGCAUGUCUGCGUGAACGUCUUCAUCGCUGGCAACAGAUUGAAAGACUGUGUGGGUUCCCUGUGGUGCAAAACUCGGGUCUGCCAAGCUUGAGUGCAUCACUCUACUCCGAGCACAGCUGGGUGGUGAUGCCACGUGUCUCAAUGCCACCAUACCCCAUUGCAGGGGGAGUGGACGAUGUGGAUGAGGACACGCCCCCCAUCGUCCCACAGUUUAACUCGCCAUUGACUCGUCCUCCUCUGCUGCGUAACAGCAGUUUGUGUCGUUCCCGGCGGAGUCUCCUUUCCCAUCAACCUUCUCUUGUCUCUCCUGAUCCUGACCUGCUGUCUAUGGCUUCAGCUCCAGGUGUCUACAGACCAGAGCCAGAUGACGAACACAUUUUUUUCAGUGUUGACACAAAAAGAGACUCUCAGGACACAUGUUCAGAUUCAGACUCUCUAAGUUCCUCCCUGGGAAAGAAGCAGUUGUCCAGCUCCUGCACUCCAGGAGCAGAUACUCCACAGCGGAAGAUCUCCCGCGAUGAGCUCCUCUUGUUGACUCAGGAAGCGCAAGCUACUGCCUUGGAAGCCACUGUCUCAACACCACCGCCAGCUUCAUCUUCCACUGACCCCACCUCAAUCCGCAAGGGCUCUCCUGACCUCACCCAUUCUUCUGCUCUCACAGAAUCCCAGAGUUUGACCUUUCACCCUGCCAUUAAGGUAGCAGCUUAUAAUGGCAUGCUGGAGAAGUCAUACAGCUUGGGCCAGUUGCCUGCUGGCGGGACGCCCCCAGAGGGACGUUACACUUCCCUAAGUUCUCUAGCUAUGGAUGGAAAAACAAGCAAAGAGGCCAAACAGAUCCUGUCUCCCUCCAGUACCCCAGACUCCGACAACCCUGAGAAAAAGCGCUCAAAAAUCAAGAGCCUAUUCAAGAAGAGCAAAAAGCAAUGAAGGAAAGUAGACAAAAAUAAGUGAAGACAUUAAAAAGCCUUAAAACAAAUUAAAAAAAUGUAAAUGGACUGUCAACCAGAUGCCAAAAUGUUUAGUUCUGUUUUUCUUUCUUUUUUAUAUUUUAUUUUUAUUAAAACCGAAUGUAGUUCUGUCUAGGUGCUGUCCUGGGUUGGAAGCCUUUAUAGUCCACUUGGACUGGCAUGUUGUCAUUCGAACAUUACAAAUGGUCAAAAAUCAAAGGUCAUUUUUGUAAUUUUAAAAUGACUACAGAAGAAUUGUUCACUUGUUUCUAGGUUGUGGGGUUGACUGUGAGAGUUGGAUCAUCUUAAAGCACCAAACAAAAAUUAAAUUAACAUAAAAUGUAAUAAAAAUUAAAGUUACUCAAAGAAUAACAUACUUUCUUGAAAAAUGUCAUCUUGACUGUCACGUACAUUAUAGGCUAUGGGAGUGGACAACUGUUCAUUUGAAAGGCUUCUUUGUGUCAGUAAUAAACCAAUAAAAGUC